AUGCUGCAAGAUAACGACAAUCAAGAUCUUGAAUCAAUAACCAUAAAACCCCCCACAUCACAAGAGACUACAACUUCUAGUAGUAGUGGUUCAACUGUGGUAGUGCCGCCCUUGCAAACACCUCAAUUUCAAAACGUUAAACAUGAAAUAGAAUAUGAAGGUGAAAUAUUGACUAUAGAUUCAACAAAUUGGCGUAAUUCUCGACUUUUAAAAUUGCAAAUACUAGUAUCAUUUGCUGUAUUUAUUUUAUUUGGAUUAGCUGAACAAACUGUGGGCACAAUAAUCCCAAAAUUACAACAUGAUUAUGCUAUCAAUGAUAUUCAAAUUAGUUUUAUAUUUUUCUGUUCUGUCAGUGGUUAUUUAUUAACCGCAAUGAUCAAUAGUAUAACUCAUGAAUAUUUAGGGAUACGUGGUGUAACAGUUCUAGGAUCAACAUCAAUGGCAUUAAGUUAUUUGAUUGUUUCUCAUAAGCCACCAUUUGUGAUUUUUUUAAUGUGUUACUUCAUGAGUGGUGUAGGGUUUGGUACUUUGGAUGCAUCAAUAAAUACUUGGAUGGGGAACCUUGUUGAUUCAAAUCAAUUGUUAGGUAUUGUUCAUGGAUGUUAUGGAAUAGGAAGUUUGAUUUCUCCAAGUUUGAUAUCAUAUUUAUUAUCAAAAUCUAAUCAUCCUUGGAAAUGGCAGAACUAUUAUGUUAUUUUAAGUGUUGUAGCAGGAUUUUGUUUGGUAUCAUUGAUCCUUACGUUUAAAUAUGAAACUCCCAAGAAGUACAAGUAUAUUUCGGAAUUACGUCAUCAACAGCAAAAGGAACAAGGACAAACACAAAAAGAUGGUAGUAUUGAAUUAGAACAUUUCACUGGUAUUCAUGGAAGUACUACUAAAGAUAGUUUUGAUUUGGAAGCUACUGUCGAGGACAACCAGGAAGAUGGUGAAGAGGAAGAAGAUGACGAUGAUCACCACUCUACAUCAGUGAGAAAAACCUUAUCUUCAACAUUGGUAUGGUCAUUUGCAUUGAUUUUAUUUAUUUAUGUUGGUGGUGAGGCGGUAUUUGCUGCUUGGUUAGUGACGUUUUUAUUAAGAAUCAAGAAUUUGGAUUAUAAAACUGCAUCUUAUAUGGCUACUACAUUUUGGUCUGGGGUCACUAUUGGAAGAAUUGGUUUAGGAUUUGUGACCGCACAUUUCUUUAGUAGUGAAUUGUGGGCUAACCUUAUUUACAUUUUGGUAUCAUUUUUAGGUUGUUUAUUGUUUUGGAUUUUAACUUUCAUUGAGACUAGCACUUUAUUGGUAAUUGUAUUGUUUUUGGUUGUGCUUGUUACUGGAGUUGCUAUUGGUCCAAUAUUCCCUACCACCAUUGUAUCGCUGGUCAAUAUAUUACCUGCUAAAUAUCAAACGUCAGGCAUUGGUUUUAUUUGUGCAUUUGGUGGAGGUGGUGGUGCGGGAAUUCCAUUUUUAAUUGGAUUAUUGGCAGAAUCAAGUGAAGUUGGAUUAAGAACUUAUCCUUUGAUUAUUAGUCUAAUGUUUGGUAUAUUACUUGGAGUAUGGAUAUUGGUUAUGCAAAAAUAUUCCUCAAAAUAUAAACGAAAUACAUUAUAA